AUGGAAAGCAACCACAUUGGUCAGAUUGCAGCAAUUCUUAGAAAAAGAAAGCUCGACUAUUAUUUGCACAAACUGCUACCUGAAAUCUUGCAGUCAACUUCAUUUCUGACAGCAAAUGGAAGCUUAUAUAUUGCUUUUUUUUGCAUUUUAAGGAGGAUACUUGGAAAAUUCUAUUUUUGGACUCCAGGCUUUGGUGCUGCUUUACCAGCUUCCUAUGUAGCUAUUCUCAUUGAAAGGAAAAGCAGGAGAGGUCUGCUCACAAUUUACAUGGCCAAUUUGGCCACAGAGACAUUAUUUCGAAUGGGGGUAGCAAGAGGAGCCAUUACACCUUUAAGGCAUGGAGAAGUCCUUUUGUUCUGCAUCACGGCUGCUCUGUUCAUGUUCUUUUUCAGGUGCAAAGAUGGCUUGAAAGGAUUUACAUAUUCUGCACUUAAGUUCAUUGUAGGAAAAGAAGAAAUUCCCACACAUUCAUUUUCACCAGAAGCAGCAUUUUCAAAAACACAAAGAAAGAUAAAGCCCUGUGAAGAUGUAUUGCGGCAAAUGAAUAUAAUGACUGUGACAAAAAAACUUGUUGACAAAGUGUGCAAACAUGGACCAAGGCAUAGAUGCUGUAAACACUUUGAAGAUAACUGCAUCUCAUAUUGCGUUAAAGGCUUCAUUAGAAUGUUUAGUGUUGGAUACCUGAUCCAGUGCUGCCUUCGAAUCCCAUCCGCAUUCAGGCAUCUGUUUACAAAACCUUCCCGGCUGCUUUCUCUCUUCUACAACAAGGAAAACUUCCAGCUUGGCGCUUUUCUAGGAUCUUUUGUCAGUAUAUACAAAGGAACUAGUUGUUUCCUGCGCUGGGUACGAAACCUGGAUGAUGAGCUUCAUGCACUUAUAGCUGGGUCCCUGGCAGGAGUUUCUAUGAUGUUUUACAAAAGUACUACUAUCUCCAUGUACCUAGCUUCCAAAUUAGUGGAGACCAUGUACUUCAAAGGCAUUGAAGCAGGAAAGGUUCCUUAUUUUCCUCAUGCAGACAGCAUCAUCUAUGCUGUUUCCACAGCUAUCUGCUUUCAGGCAGCUGUGAUGGAAGUUCAACAUCUAAGACCUUCAUACUGGAAAUUCCUUUUACGGCUGACAAAGGGCAGGUUUGCUCUCAUGAAUAGGAAAGUUUUAGACGUAUUUGAUACUGAAGCAUCUAGACACUUCAAGGAUUUCAUCCCUAGACUUGACCCAAGAUAUACUGUUGUCCCACCGGAGUUCCCCAUUGAGCUGUCUUGAACAUUCAAUGUGAUUCAAUGUGAUUGGCCUUUUGUCCUGAAAAGCUAAUUAACAUUCAGAUAGAUGGAGGAGGGCUUGUGCUCCACUUCAGUAUUAUUUCAAUAAGAAAUGCUUUUUUCCAAUCAAAAUACUGAAGCUUUGUAGGAAGAUGCGGCUUAAUAAUUAAGCCUCUUCCAUAGCCAGAAAAUGUUUCUGGAUUGCUAUAGUUGGAUGACAAUAUGGUAGAUUAUUGAUUGAAUUAAAUCAAUGAGUAAUAUAUUUAGAAAAGUAAAAUACACCUAAGAAAUAAAUAUAAUUAAUAAUAUUUUCAAAAUUCUUUAGCUCAUUCCAGUAGAAUAUUUCAUGUUAUAACUAAGAAUAAUUACAGACUGAGAAAGGAACGCUUUUCUUAAACUGUCCGAAUCUGGUGAGAUCCGUCACCUGGAUCCAAUUAUGUGCUUAAAAAAAAUCCAUCUUCCCAUUUACUGAAAAUUUUAAAAGAAACCUGUAGCCCCCGUUCAUUCAAAAUGACAAUAUUUUUUUUGUCAUUCAAAAUGACAAUAUUUUUUACCCAGAUGUGGCUGCAAAAGAAAGCAUCCCAUCAACAAAAGGGGCACUGGUUAAUUUGUAAGUCAUGGUCCAGGGCUGUAAUGCUAUUGAUGAUGUGGGUGACAAAAUAAAAGGGCAGUUCACAGUGUCUUGUGCUCCUUAGGAAAUGGAAGGGUGUGGUAGUUAGCAUCUGCCAAAUGAAAAAUGGCAAAGCACUGAGGAGAAGGAGUGUCGUGUUUAAACUCUUGGGAGGGUACUACAAACUAGACAGUUAAAAAAAAACAAAAACCCACGUUCAAAUUAAAUACAUUUGACAAAAGAGGCUUGUCAAGUACUCCUUUAGAUGGCAUCUGUUUGAUAUUUAAACCUCAGUACAAGCUUGCAAAUCCAGUGGCCUUCAAAAGGGAGAAAAAUCCUAAUGUUUGACUGUAGUAGGGAAACAGUUUUGACAGGUUUUGUAGUCGUAUUUUUUCACAUUCUGUUGUUCCUAGUAUUAAGUGAAAGUUGUUUUUCCCUCAGUAUUUCCCACAGUCAUAACUAUGACAUUUACAUGAAAUUUAAUGUGAUCCUUAAUAGAAAUAAAUAUCUGCUCAAAAUCCACCUCAUUCUUUCCCUGCAUGUUUUUGGGUUUGUUUUUUUCUUUCACAAAUGACAUUUCACCUGGGUGUUCUACAGUGAAAUUUUGAUGUGCUAAUGUCAUUGCAACCUUUGGUUUUUAAAGUCAGUUCACAACAAUGUGCUGACCUAUGUUCAGAGUUUCCUAGCUUUUUAGAGAAAAAAUGAUCUUUACUUAGAUACAACUAAAAACACCAGACAAGUGAUGCGUCUAUGAAUGGAAAAUACAGCCUGAAUACAUACAGUUUUUAAAAAACGGUGUAUAUGCUGGAAGUGCUUGCCACAAGAUACGUGUAGAAAUUGAACUAGUUGGUAGACCUGUUGUCAUCUAACAAUGUCAUUCUAGCCCAGCUGUAAAUGCACUUCUGUUUAAUUAUACAACAACAGAUGCCCCAAUAUUUAAGUCCCACUUAUGGAAUUGUCAUGAAGAUGCGCCAGCUAAUGCACAAAAUCUGCUUGGCCAUCCUUUACCCGCAUAACGAUUAUCAAGCAAUGAUGCUUCAUCCUUUGUCAAAAGAAAGUACUUGGCCCAAAGUGUGGGGGCAAGGAAAAUUUUGCAAUGUAGUUUGCAUACAAUUUUUAUUUGCUUGUAAUAGCAAACAAAAAUAGCACCAAAAACCCCCUCCAAAAUCAAGCGGGCUUUAGCAGAUUGGAUCGUAGGAACACUGGAAAGAUUGUUCAUCAUUGGAAUUUCUAAAAGAUUUGACCUUUUGAAGACUGAAUGUUAUAUGAUUGGGGUAAGAUCUUAGAACUGUUGCUUUAUUAUGAGUAUUCACUAGUGUGACUAUGUGCCAGUUUCAGAGUUCAACUCUUUUACAGAUAACUUUGCUUUACUUUCUUCACUGGAGUGAAAAUGGUGAUUGACUCCAUAUUUGAGUUACAAGAUUUGAGCACUGUUUCUCACUAGUUAGACAACAGUUCUCUCUGAAUAAUCUUGUUUCCUCCAUUAAAUAAUCCUAGUUUUUAAUGGCUUUUGUGUAAUGUAAAAAUAAAGCUUCUUAAAUUAUUUUUAUUCAAGUCAGCUAUAUGUAUGAAGGAAGGAAUCAUCAGUUCUUAUAUUUUUCCCCAGAUAAUAAAACAUUUGCAGCUUGGAAAAAAUAAUUUUCUCAUUUGUUUUUGUUAAUAAAAGCCCUGAAGUCACCCAGUGUUGGUUCUUGAAUACUUCUGGUGUGUCAGAGCUCUGUAUGUUUAACUUGUCCAUCUUGGCAAUAGAAGCCAAAGAGAGAGCAACAAUAGCCCUUGCUAUUUUUUUUAAUUUUAUGAAAAAUAUGUCUUGCACAAGAAAAUAUGAUUCUAUUCCAUAAGACUCCAUUUUAAAUGCAAUGUAAAGUUUGGACAGAUCACAAAUCAG